UGCUCUUCUUUUCUUCUCCCCUGCACCCGACCAGCCCCCCCUCAAGCUGCCGAUAGUUUCCCUUGGGAAACUCGGCAAAAAGCUUGAAUUUCUCUUCUUUUCUUGUUAAACCACGAGAUUUGGGGCUUAGAAUCUUCCCUCUCAACCCAAAAAUCCCGGAUCUGCUAUGCUCCUUCCUCCCUUGUCCGUCGGGCUCUGCUAGGUGUGGAUCCUUCGGCUUUUCUGGUAAGAUCUAGCCAUGAAUCCCUCUCUUUAACCUUGAUUUAGGUUGGGUUUACUUUAAUUGCUUUAUUCCCUUCCAAUUUCUGGUAGAACCGUGAGUUUCCCCCCCUGCACUGCCGCCGGUCUUCCCCCAACUGCAGCUCCAGUUUUUGGCUGGAUUUCUUGGUUUUGAUCGUUCUGUCACUGUAGCACUUGGGUUAGCCUUCUGUUCUAUGCGAGUAAGGUAAGUAAAUUAUGGUAAAGCCCUUCGAUUUUAAAGCAUGUUUUAAACUAUUUUUGAGAUGGUGGCAAGGUUUAAAGUAAUUUUAAAUUGAUUUUAUCAGCAUCUGAAUGUGAUUAAACUAAAAUGGAAACUGUGAUGGUUUUUAUGAGAAUUUCACUGUUUUUUUCUGGAAUUGAGCAUGAUUGGGGUGAAAAUGGGAAUUUCAUUGUUUUCUGGAAUUGAGCAUGAUUGAAAUGAAAAGUGAGAAUUUCAUUGUUUUUCUGGAGUUAUUGCACCGAGCAUGAUUGGUUUGAAAUGAAAUUGUUUUCAUUGGUAUUGAGUAGAGCAUGCCUAUUUGGAAUUGACUGAACUGUUUUGAUGAACUGAGAGUUUACAAAUUCUGAGUUUUCUGAUAAAUCCAUGCCCACAUGGAUUUUUCUGGUUAUUUCUGAAAUUGGGAUUGAUUGUGAAAUUCGAGUUCUCUGUAAACUCUGCAUGGUUUUGUCUCGGAUAUGGUCAUGAUUACUGAUUACUGUGCCCACUAGUGGGAGGUUUAUAAACGCUAGCACAUGUCGACAUGUUUACUGAUAUGACCGGUCCAUUCUGUAACCCUACCAAUGGGGUUAAACAUUGGGUAAUUACUGUCGCCUGCCAGUGGGAGUUGUAAACACUGGCACCAUUACUGACGCCUGCCAGUGGGAGUUGUUAAACACUGGCACUUCUGUAACCUUGCCUAUGGGGUUAAACAUUGGCAACUACUGUGCCCGCCAGUGGGAGGUUUAUAAACGCUGGCCAUGACUUAUAGAUGAG